AUGGUUUUACGAUGUGCAUGGGGAACCUGCACUGCCGAUGAGAGAUACCCACAGCGACUGAAUGGUGCAAGGUUGAUACUAUUUCCAAAGCCGAAGACUAACCUGGAAAAAUGUCUACGAUGGAUAAAAACAUGUGGACGACCGCAUGACCAGCUCAAUGUCGACAGAAUCAACAAACACAAAGCCGUGUGCUCUACGCAUUUUGAAGGCGGUAAUGGACCAACUGCUUUAUUCCCUGAUCCAUUACCAGCUGAUGGCUCAAAAAGCACCCUAGCAAGGCCGUCACCAAAAAGAAGAUUGCUUACCUUUGACACAGAGUCAUCAGAUAAUAAAAAGAGGAAGAAAUUUCCACUAAAUGAAAACACAGAGAUAAUUCCAGAGGUGAAUGACAGACGGAAGGAAAGAUCUCAUAAAAAGAUUUGUGCGACAGGAAGGAGUACGAAAGUUAUUUCUGACACGAGUAUUGUGAUCAUGAAUAGUGUUGUUACGGCUGGGGAGAAUUUCUUGCAGAUAUUGAGGAAGAAGGCCAUGAACCAUUUUAUGAAAGUGGAUAAUUUUAUGGUGCUUACGCCUUUGCUCGAGAGGAAGCCAACCCGUUUCAAUAUACAGUUUAACUCUACUAGUGAGGUUUGUUCCACCAGUAACAAUACGAGCUGCCUCUAA